CUCUAUUGCUUACGAUAUUUGUUUAUUAAUGUGUAAGUUGUAGAAGCCCCUUUUUCUUUGUUUGUUUCUUUUUAACCGCUCAUCUUUUACUUAUUUCGUUUCUCAAAUCGAUUAGAAAUCCUUUCAACCUCUACUUGUACGGAAUACAGCAGAACGAUAGUAACUCAAAUUGUUAGUCAUGUUGCGUGUCUAUUCGAUAAUGUAUCUUCAGCACGUAUGGGAACGACCUAAAGAUGAAUGCCCGGCUAUCAAUGUAGCAGCUGCUGAUAUUCUAGUUGAUAAUGCUACGUUGAAUACAAAGCAAGUGGGUGCUAAUGAUUUUGCGGAUAACAAUACUGAUCAGAAAGAAGCCGUGUUACAAACCGAAGCUUCUAUAACAUCAGAAAGCCCCUCAGUGCAGCAACCGCUACUGGAAACUAACGACAAAAAGAGCAACAAGAGUUCAUCCGAUUCUUCAGUAUUACUACUGCUGGCUGAUGAUUGUAGUAACAAUACUUAUAAGAAGACAAUAAGUAUUAAUGAUGGAAGCAAUAGCAGUAUCAAUAUGAAUCCUGGAUUUACAGAAAGUAUGCCAAACUCAAUCCAUUCUGAUUCAUUAGAAACACCGGGCCAGCCAUAUGACGAAAACACAACAUGCGCCUCUAAAGUGACAAUACCCGUACCAACAGUUAUAACAGAAGCAGAGACAUCGACAAGUCAUAAAACCGAAUACAAAACCUUUAACGCUGAUGCUGACUCUUCUGGACAAGAAGAAGAAAAAGCGGAAGAAAAAGACGAACAAGAUCCGCGCAUUAUUAAAGAACUGCCUCUAGCACCAUCUCGCCCUUCGUCACACAGAACUUCUACAUCAAAGCUUUCCUCUUCUGCGCAAAGGAUGAUUCAUCGCGCCAAAUCAAGUAUCAAUGAGAGAGCAGUAAAGAAUAUAGGACGCAGAACCAGUUUAAUUCUGGAAAAGAUAAACAACCAUUUAAACCAUCACCAGAAUCAUCCACCUGGAUGUGACAACGAUAUAUCACCUGAUUCCCCCUUGAAUUUUGAUGAGAGUAACAAUUGCGGGGGAAAGAGGGACCCUUUGAUUUUGCCACUCAUUUCCUCUGCCAUCAGCCAUUCUGCUACUCCUAAUAUAGCAUCCGUGAAAAGCUUAAGGCGACAAUCUUCAAAGCUGGCUAACAAAAGUAAGGCACUAACAACGAAGCUGAAAAGAGCAAUUUCUUUUCAUCACAUCCACACCUUUGAUGCUUGAUAACCAUGUAAGACCAGUGACAGCAGCAGCAAUUAUAUUGUCUCGGGCUACAAUUAUUACCUUAUAUUUCUUUGCAUUGUAUAAACUAUCUAAUAUGAAUAAGCUUACAGAUCCUUCAACCUAAACUAUAAAAAUGACUCUAUGG